GACAAUUGAUCUUCCAUGGCUAAAACGAAAAGGGUCAUCACCAUUCUCUUAAGGCUACUAGCCUUGGGUGCCACUGUUGCUGCAGUUGUGGUCAUGGUCACAACCCAUGAGACUGCCAAUGUACUGAACUUGACAUUCAAGGCCAAAUACGACAAUACUCCUUCAUUCAAGUACUUUGUGAUUGCAGAAGCCAUAGUGAGCUGCUACACACUUAUAGCCAUUAUUCUGUCGUCAAAGAGCUUGUUGUGGCGGCUGAUGGUGAUUCUAGAUGUGUUCAUGGCAGCAUUAUUGACAUCAAGCAUAUCUGCAGCGCUUGCAAUAGCUUAUGUGGGGAAGAAAGGGAACAGUCACGCAGGUUGGUUGCCUAUUUGUGGUCAAGUUCCUAAGUUCUGCGAUAAGGUUACAGGCUCUCUUAUCGCUGGUUUUGCUGCUGCGAUAAUCUACAUGUUGCUGUGUCUCUACUCUCUUCACGCUGUUCUCAGUCCCCUUUUGGGCGUGAAACCAUAAAUGUUGGCUCAACUGUCCGAUAAACAUGUUGUGUUGAGAAAUUCUCGGGGUGAUCAGAAGAAAUGAAACCAUAGAUGUUUCAAAUACCAAGUUUAAUUUAUGUGUCCUAUGUUAGUAUUGGGUACUAUGUUUUCAUUUUUUGUCUUUUGUAUCAAACUGAAAUGUGCCACGAAGUAUAAGUUUUGAAUGAAUGGUACGAAUUAGAAUGCGUUGUCCGAAA